AUGAAUAAAAGUUUUAAAAGUUACCCUUCCUUUGCUGCCUUCUAGAUAGAGUAAGCAAAAUCAAAUAGAUUACUCUACGUUUAUCAUAACUCAGUUUAUGAUUUGACGGAUUUCAUAGAUAAACAUCCUGGAGGAAGAGGUCCUUUAAACACAUACAAAGGUAGAGAUUUAGAAAAUAUAUUUUUCAAUCCAGCAAUACAUAAACAUAGCUAAUCAGCAUUUAAUACAUUUGAGAGGUAUAAAUGUGGAAUAAUUGAGAACAAACCAAUUUAAUAAUAACAACAAUCCAUGUUAGGCUCAAAAUCAACAAAUGUUUCGCAAUCCAUUAUAACAAAUAAGUCUCAAAAAAAUACACCUUAAAAAAAUGAUUCUGAUAAAAAACUUCAAUAAAAAUCAUAAUCUGUUAAACCUAAGGCUCAACAACAAGAAGAUAGACUAAAUCAAUCUAUGAGUAAAUUAAAUCAAUCAAUGACUAGCAGUGUUAAAUCUUAAUUUUUACUCAUACCAACAUAAUAAGAAUUACUGAUGAUACAAAAACAGAAAUAGCAGAAACUAAUUAAAUAGUGGAAAUAAUCUGAAGUUGAAGAGUUAAAAAGACAAUAAGCCGAAGUUGAAAAAUUAAGAGUUGAAAAAAAUGAAGAUCGAAAGACUUAAAGUGAAAUUUUAGUUUCUACUCGUAAAAAAUCUACAAACCCUUAUUAUUCAGCAUGGCUUGAAAAACAGCAACAGCAGGAAUAAUAACAGAAAGAAGAAUCCAAGAUUUCUAACAUUCUACCUGCCUAUCUAACAUAAUCUAGUGAUUAACAAGUAGAAGAUCCAAGAUUUCAACCAUUUACUUUUGAUGCAGAAAAAAAGAGGCAACAUGACUCAAAGUUAUCUUAAUCUGUCAUCGUAUAAAAAACUUAGAAGAAAGUUAAUCCUUAUUACGAAGAAUGGAAGAGAAAGUAAAGCUUAAAAAGUUAAGAAUCCCAAAAGGAAUUAACUUUUUAAGAGAACAAUCAAUUAUCAAAACAGCAAUCUAUUAUUUUAGAAGAGAAUGAAUCUUAGAUUUCUGGAUAGCCUUCUUCCAUAAAUAAUAGUUUCCAAAGAUCAUAUUCAAUGAGUUAGAGAACAAUCGUAUAAGAAAAUCCUUAAUUGAGUGUACCUAUUUUUGCUCCGAAGUUUAUCUCUCCUAUCAAGGCCAAAUUCGUAAUUAGCUCUAGCAUGUAAAAGCUAUGA